UAUAACAACACCCGGGGAACAAAAGCAGGGCUCCUGCACAUAAAUCCAGCUUUCUAUCAAGCACUAUGAUGGCACAGUUGUCACUAUAUUGUUCUAUCCGACAACCAUCUAUAAGUUCGGGUAAAGGAAGCACUGUAGAAAUUUAGGAGAAGUGAUCAUACGGUGGAUGUUUUGUAAUAACGACUCUUUAAUCUUGUUGUGAAUUUUUCUUAUCCGUAGGGUAUAAGGCGGGAUCAUGGAUCUUCUGUAAAUUAGGGCGCGCCGAUUGGUGAUGACGGCUAUAUGUAUCUGAGGGAACAAACGCUAGUGACCAGUGCUUGGAGGUGCGCACGCACGUAUAUGGACGUGCAGUUAGGCGUGUGCAGCAAUAUAAAACUCAAUGAAUUUGAGUGUGAUAAACCUUGAUUGAAACGGAUGUGUUUACUGGUGUCUCUAAGGAUAUAGUACAAUGGAUAAUCUGUAAAACUGAACGGUCAGAUCCGUCUUAUUUUUUUAGGAACAGCCGAGGGAAUAAUAUCGUCGUGAAUUUGCAUUUGUGCUUCCAGUACCAGGAUCGGCUCGUGUGAUAACAAUGGCGAUUGAUCGGGAUCUGUGCAGUACAAUGUGUUGAUUCUCAAGGAGGGUGCCAUCUAAGAAGGAGCAAGAAGAAACUAACCCCAGUGUUUUUUCUGGCGGUUCAACUUCUUCUAGCGCUAUUGAUCAACAAUGACACCUCACGUUGCACCGAGUGCGUAUUUUCUUCUGCUUCUAGGAGUUAUUUACGGUCCGAGUCAACUUUGCAGUCAAGUUAUUGCGACGAAUCUGGAAUCAUGUAAUGUGACGCUUGGCAUGAUGUCUGGAGAUAUUCCUGACGAGGACAUCUCUUGCAGCUCUUCACACAAUGCUGGCAGUGUUGGGCCUGCUUUUGCCAGGUUAAAUCGCGAAAUAAACGGGGGAGCCUGGUGUCCGUCACGACAGAUUUCAUCGGACACAUACGAAUGGCUGGAAAUCAACCUUCGAAGUUACUAUGUGGUACGAGGUAUUGCUACUCAGGGCCGCUUCGGUAACGGUCAAGGCCGCGAGUAUGCAGAAAAGUAUAUGAUCGAAUACUGGAGAGCAGGCAUUAACAAAUGGGUACGGUACAUUAAUCGCUCCGAGAAAUACGUUAUUGAGGGUAAUUCGAAUACCUACACAUCCGAGUUUAGAGCCUUGGAUCCGCUCAUUAUAUCGGAUCGCAUUCGUAUUGUGCCGUAUUCAAAAGACAUUCGCACAGUAUGUAUGAGGGUCGAGCUGUACGGCUGCAAAUGGAUGCAGGGUAUUGUUUCGUAUACGGCCCCAAUUGGUGAACGUUUCAGUUCAACGGUUAACUUGUUCGAUAAGACCUAUGACGGAGGUCGUGACGACAGUACCCUUCACGAUGGCCUUGGCCAACUUACUGACGGCGUUGGGGGAGGCGAUUAUUUCAUGAGCGAGCAUUCGACAGGUCCGGGAAAAGACUACGGGUGGGUUGGGUGGCGUAGUAAUUCGUCACAUUCAAACCCACUUGAGAUGGUGUUCCAUUUUGACGCGGUGCGUAACUUUUCUGCAGCGUAUUUUUAUUGCAACAAUCAACAUACGAAGAACGUGUCGCUAUUUAGCUCGGCAAAGUUCUGGUUCUCCAUCGGUGGCCGGUGGUACCUGGAUGAGCCAUUGAUUUUCAAGAACACGCACAAUCCACUGCCGGAGAAAGCUCGCAACGUCACAAUCCGCUUGCAUCACAAAAUAGGCCGUUUUAUCAAAGUACAUCUGAGUUAUCGCUCUGGAUGGAUUGUAUUAAGCGAGGUAGCAUUCAGCUCGGUGCCUGCUGCUGGAAAUUUUACCGAGGAGGACGAACCUGUCGUACCCCCACUUGUGUUUCCGGCCGUUACUGAAGACUCAAUAGGGAGGCAUCAUGUCGCUAUUGUGAUUGCUGUUCUAGCUGCAGUGAUCAUGCUGCUAAUGUUGGCGAUCUUCAUAAUAACGUUCCGCCAUCGACGACGUAAGCAAGCAGCAUCGCACGGUAUUCUGAAACCAGUCGCGCACUCCACGAAUGACCAUCGUAUUACAGUUAAUAUGAAAGGUCUGGAGCUACAAUACCAACCGAAGUACGCAUUGAACGGGAACGUCUAUGGGCAAGUGAACCUGGAUGAUCCGGAUAAGCUAGUCUAUCAGGAACCCGAUGACUUUAAAGCUUCGGUUUAUCCCGCAACAUAUAGUAACGUGGUUUUCUUAGUGGAUUCAUCGCGCGAGUACGCUAUACCUCAAGACUGCAUAGCACCAAGAAGUCCAAAGGCCUCAGAUCGCAACGUUUUGCCACCUACUUUUAAUAGGCCGCUUGGCAAGUGUUCCCAGCCGUCACUGCCAAAUCCAGCUGAAAAUCACUAUGCCGCCGCCGACGUUGUAGUGGGUACCAGCGUCUCCCUGAAUAUUCAAGGCGUAAGUGGAAGCACGCUGUACGCUGUGCCUGACCUUGACUUGUCGGCUAGUUCUGCUAGUUCGUCCGGCAACGACUCUUGCCCAGCUUGCAAUAACUGUACAGUCACCGUACAAAAUUCUUCUCAUCUUUCUACCACUACGCAGGUCCGUGAAUUACCCCGGCACCGAAUGCGACUUCUCAACAAAAUCGGCGAGGGGCAAUUCGGUGAGGUUCAUCUUGCCCAGGCGGAAGGAAUCCGUGAGCUCGUGGAGCCUCUUUGUACUGUUGAUAGCACAUUUUUGGUCGUAGUUAAAUCUCUGCACAGAGAUGCAGGUGAAGCAGCGCGAAAGGAGUUCUUCAAGGAAGUGAAGAUAUUAUCACGUAUCCGUGAUCCGAAUAUUUCGCAGAUUCUUGGCGUAUGCACUCGGGACGAGCCCUUAGCUAUGAUCGUCGAAUAUUUCGAACACGGUGACCUAAAGGAGUUUCUCAAUGAGCAUCUGCCUGACACGUUCGUUGCGAACGGUGUCGCUAAGACGCUUUGUCAGGACACUUUAAUGUUCGUGGCUACUCAAAUCGCGUCAGGGUUGAAAUAUCUUGAAUCUAUAAAUUUUGUUCACCGUGAUGUGGCUGCACGAAAUUGUCUUGUCGGAGCGGGCUUUUCUGUAAAAAUCUGCGAUUUCGCCAUAAGUCGCUCUGAAUACCAGCAGGACUAUUAUCGUGUACAAAGCGGAAGUAGCAUGCUACCUGUUAGAUGGAUGUCAUGGGAAGCUAUCCUCUUCGGACGUUUCUCUACAAAAAGUGAUGUCUGGGCAUUUGCCGUUACACUAUGGGAGAUACUGACAUUUGCUCGCCAAAGACCGUUUGCCGACUGCAGCGACGACGUCGUCGUUGAAAAUGCGCGCCACAUGUAUAAUAUGGAUGGGCAAGCGGUCCAUCUCAGUCAGCCGCCUGAAUGUCCCAAGGUUCUUUUCGACCUAAUGCUCGAGUGUUGGCAGCUUAACGAGGUCGACAGACCUAGCUUCAACGAUAUACAUUUGUUCCUGCAAAGCAAGAGUGCCGAGUAUUCGUUGAAAACUUAAUUUUGCUGACGUCAAUCGUAAUAUUGUUCACCAAUCUCGACGCAAACGUCGAAUGUGAACCUGUUACGUCGACAAGAAGGUUUCAGCCAGAAGAAGCUAGGUACACUAUGAAAAAGUAACUGCGCGGGUAACUCUGUCUUAUAUGCAAUUUGACAUUAAAACACCAAUACCUGCAAAGAAAGGCCGUCACAAAUGAAUCCUAGACGAAGUGUUUGGUAUAUAGUUGAUGCUAUCAAAUUUGGCAGGAUUAGCUACACUGGUUUACAUGAACGACGCUGAUCACGUUUUAAGGGAAUGAGCUAAAGCUGGUUCCUCACGCGAGUCGGAAAAGCCUUUAAAGAACAAAUAGUUUUUACUUUAGGUGUGUAUAUAUGUAAUUAUUGAACGACAAAUAAGUUUGGCACAAAAACUCAAUUUCAUAGUUGGCAUAGAGCGGAGUAUUAAGUAUUUCAUCGAUUGAGCGAUCUCUCGCUCGAGUCACAUUGUUUUACGUCUUCUCUGUGUUUUGUGCAAUGCUUUUUUGGCUGUAAAUACAGAGCUUUCUUAGAUUAGUACUCAAGACAUAGUCCUAAUAGCAACAGAGUGAUAAUUCGUGGACCAUUUAUAACUGCCGAACCUUGACAAGUACUAUAUACAUCAUAUACAACACAGCAGAAUAGGCCAUAAUUUAGUUUCAAUCACUAGCGUCUAAUUAUGAUCGAAUUAGUAACUUUCUAUUUCAAUAGAAUGUAAGGGUUUUGCGUCAACUGAGUCGGCACGGCGUACUAGUAUGCUAAAGUCGAAAACGCCGACAAUAAAUGAAAAAAAAAAAUAUUUUUUACUAUCUGCUUGGCCGCGGAUACGUUGAUGUAACAACAACUAUAGAAGCAUGGCCAAGGGUGCUACUACUUACACUGUUGCGGUCUCUAAAAGUAUACAUUUGAAUUAGUCUGAUGAGGCAAAAUUAGAUAGCCAAUAGCACCACAUCUGUGAUCACCGUAAAAGAAAUCAACUGAUAGCAACCGACAUUUGCCGACCCAGUGGCCUAGCUUCUAUCGGGAUGCGUAUAUAGCGAAUGAAUAGGAAGACACUGAAGAACACAAUGGUAGGUUGUACAUACGUUGUAUAGCUGAGGUUCUUGCUAGUUUCAGAGUGAUACAUUUGUGAUCUGGAUAGUCCCAAGACUGAGCUUGGAAAAGGUACGACACAUUGACUAAGUUUGGAAUUAACAAUAGGGAUUUUAUUGAGUACAGGAAGAGCUGGCAAA